GAUAAGCCAGAUUGAGACACAAAAAUGAGCGGUUUUGUUAUAUUCAUGUUUUGUGGCGUGCAAACAGGAACCAAAUUCAGAAGGCAAUAAACCAAUAGAGGCAAAAACAUACUUUCACUUCUCAUUAGACACAUGCCACUUCUUAGGUUAGACAUAUAGCUUGACGUGAGUUGCAGCUGCAUCACAUAAAUGUGUGAAAACCAAACCAGAAAGCUUUUCCUGCCUCACCGUUUUUCUCACACUCAGUCUGCAUGCUCCCCGCUUGCUGCACCCUUACACACACACAGACACACACAAGUGCCUGCUUCAGAGGCAACAUGGAGAGCGAGGGGAGGCUGGUCAGCUCCAUUUACUACGGGAGGAUUGGAAGCAAGGCCACGGAGAGGCUGCUGGAGAGGUUCGGACGGGAAGGCAGCUUUCUGCUGAGAGACAGCGAGAGCAUGCAGGGGGCCUUCUGUCUGUGUGUGAGGAAGACACCGUUUGUGCAUACCUACAGGCUUGUACAGUCCACCAACGGCUGGUAUCUUCAUUUUGAGGAUUCAAGGGUCAGGCAGCAGACUUUCAGGACUCUGGAAGGACUGAUAAAGACGUACAGACGAGCAUCCUCUGAAAUUAGUAUAGUGGCCCUUACAGAGCCGCUGGACAAGACACAGAUACACAACAUCAGCUCCGGACAAGAGAUCAUUUACAUGGAAACAUGCAGCAGAAGCUCCGUCUACUGAGGAAACGAAAAGAUGGCCAAGAAACAUGAAUGACCUGUGUAUUGACUAGCACACGAGGCUUGGACUGAAGUUUUUUUUUAUCAUACUGGGUGAAAGAACUGCCUGGAUUGUCCUCGCUGUUGGUAAAAAACAACUUUCAAAUCUUAAGUUCAAUUUAAAACCAAAGUGUAACAGUGUUCUUUUUCAUUUGGUGUCCAAGUAAGCGUGGGAACAUGUCUUUUUAUUCUAUUUAUUUACUUUAUUGGGGUCAGAUGCUCUGUAUACAGCAUCUCAGUAAAUAUGAAUAUCCUGAAAAAGUUUGAUAUUUCCCAUCAGUUCUUUAAGACACAAAAAUGUGAUUUAUUCUAGACUCACUGCAAUGACACUAAAGUGUUUCAAAGUGUUUGUAUUUUAAUUUGGAUAAUUAUGACCCACAGCUUGAAAAAUGUAAAAAUACACAUCUCAAAAUAUUAAAAUUUCAUAGGAUCUAUCCAUUUAUUCACUAUACAGUACUUGUUUGGGGCUCCUUUACCAAUAAUUACUUCCUCAGUUUAGUAUGUUGGCGAUCAGCCUUGCUAGCUCUCCUGAAGUAUUGAAGCCCAGCUUGCUUUGACAGCAGCCUUCAGCUCGUCUGUAGUUUUGUGUCAGGUGCUUCUCAUCUUCCUCUUGACAUAUAUCUCACAGAUUCUCUUUAGGGUUCAGGUAAAGGGAGUUGGCUGGUCAAUAAAGCACAAUAAUAUCAUGGUGACUAAACCAUUCGGUGGUAGUUUUGGUGCUGUGGGCAGGAAAAAGGAAAUCAGCAUCUCCAUAAAGCUGGUAAGCAGAUGAAGCUGUUAGAUGCUGUGUUGACUUUGGACUUGAUAUAACACAGGGGACCAACACCAGCAGAUGAAGCUGUUAGAUGCUGUGUUGACUUUGAACUUGAUAUAACACAGUGGACCAACACCAGCAGAUGCCACAGCAUCCCCAAUCAUCACAGACAGAAGAAACAUCACACUGGACUUCAAACACAUUGAAUUUUGUAGCUCUCCACACUUCCUCCAGACUCUAGGACCUUGAUUUACAAAUGAAAUGCUAACUUUAUCUGAAAAGAGGACUUUGGACCACGCAACAACAGUCCAGUUAUUUUUCUCCUGAGCCCAGGUAAGACUCUUUGACGUUGCCUCUGGUUCAGAAGUGUUUUGAUAUUAAUGAUGUGACAGUUGCAGUCCUUUUCUUGAAGACGUCUGGGCGUGGUGGCUCUUGAUACACCGACACCAGCCUUAGUCCACUCCUUGUGAAGCUCUCCAAAGGUCUUGACUCGACUUGUCUUGACAAUCCUUGCAAGCCUGCAGUCAUCCCUUUUGCUUGUGCACCUUUUCCUACCACACUUUCCGACCCGCCUUUGCAGCAAAGAGCUUCUGUGGUCUAACCUCCUUGUGGUGUGUGCCGAUGAUCGUCUACUGACAACUGUCACGCUAGCAGUCUUCCCGUGACUGUGAUUGUGUAUUUCUUCAUGAUUACAAUAUCUAAUUAUGAUUUUAAUUUCUACUUUACUUAUACGAACAUUUAUUCUAAUACUUGUUUGUCUGUGUGUAGUAUUGUUUGUAUGUAUAUUCUCUGGAGUGGACAUUUUGCUUUAUUGUAUUUGUGUUAUCUGAUUCUGUCAUAAUGUCUGAAUGUAAGUAUACAGCUGGAAAAAGAAAAAAAAGACAUAUCUUUCACAUUGUACUGUU